CCUAGAAAUGGCUAAUUAGUAAAUAUAGUAGUAAGGUAAAGACCUCACGAGUCAUUUGCAUAGGACACGAACUUCCCAUAACUUUAAGAUUGUCACAAGAGGUAACUAACGGCAAAGCUUCCUAGAUGUUCAUUUUGCCAUCUGGAAGAGACUAUGGAACUGAAAAGUGCUGUACCCAAGUAAAAUCCUCACAUCAGCAUCUAAGGGACUAAGUGAAGGAGAAAAGGCUGGCCGACAAAGACUUCGACUUCUCACCUUGCCUCCGCUUGGCAUGAUUUCGACCUCCCAUAGCUUCACCGAGGCUAGUCCCGUAACCCCUACGUUACCCAAGAAUUUAACUAGGUCUGGUAAGACAUGUCUAAGAUGUCUCGCUGCGCUUGAAGAAUACCCAUAAAACGAAACUAAAUGGCGGGAUGAGACACGGGUAACGUUGGUAGCACGUGGCGCGAACGGGUUGGAGAGGAAUCUUCAGCCAUUAUAUCCUAUGUUCACGUUCCUGCCUCCUUCAAUUAAUCAUCUCUGGUUCUUCUGACGAGAACCUCGUGGUAGUCGACAGGGACUAUAAGAGAAGCGUCAGGAGCCAUGACGAUAAUCCUAAAUUCCCUUAUAGACAAAUACUAAGCAUCUAUUACAAUAUUAUAUCCUUCUCUCUAUCAUCAAAACUAUCACCACUUCCUCACGACAGAGACUUACUUUUUAAGAAGUUUCUCACCUAAAGCUUUAAAAAUGCAUCCCUCUACGCUCAUUAUCAUCAUCUCAGCAACCGCAUUGGCCCUACUGUUCCCGCUUCCGGCACUAGGCGGCAUAGGCGGCAUAUCCGACACAAUUGUAGGCACCAUCGACAGCCUACUAGGCACAUCCAGUCACCGUAAGAGCCACGGCGGCAACACGGGGCACGGAUCCGAAUGUCGUCGCUACGAUACCGAGCUCAUCACAACAUGCAUAAAUAAAUGCGUAGACCUAUGCGAAGAUGGUGAUGCGGACUGCAGCGCUUGCAUGAAGGGUUGCUGUAAGUACCUGUCCUUAUAGAAAAUUUCCAUUAGGGCAUAGGAAUUUCGAAGACUUUACUGACUUGAUUAUUCUCUAGCUCGUAAAAGUUCUUGCGGCAAGCCCCACGAUGAUACUCCCAAGACCGGCCGCCAAAAUAGCACUGUGCAUCUAAAUGAAUGAAGCAUCUGAAAUAUAUAUGAACGAAUAAUUCUACACGGUGAUAAUGUGGCUCAUGAAGGUUAAUGAAAUAGCUAAAACAAUCUUGUAUUUGGGACUGUGAUAGGCGGGGUUACGAGAUACCAUCUGAUGAGCA